AUGUAUGCAGGACGGAUUCGGGAGAAUCAUUCAGUUGUGAAAAUUACAGUUUUGUGGAAGGAAAAAAACAUCGAAAUUUUAAAAACCUGCCCAAGACAUGUACCAAACAUCAUCGAUGGGAAUGUACAAAAGACCACAAUAGUGAUUCAAUUUAAUGAACAAACACGCGCCAUCAUCACAAAAAUACCUGGCACUGCCGAACCAAAGGGUUUGAAAUAUGUUUGGCGUCUGAACGUGAUGGAUAUCAAUGACGCCAAUUAUGUUGCUUUAAGGCCUGUUGGCAGAGUAACAACGCCAAGACAAAUGAUUCGAAAAAUGAAAACAAUUGAAAUUACACCAGUAACAAAUCGAACGUCAAAGAAACAAAAAGAAGUUCACAAGGUAUGUUAACGCUGGUCGCUUGUAAUGCGCGCAAUUUAUAUGAUUUUUUUUCUUGUCUUUUACCGUUACAGAAAUCAUUGUACCAACAAAAAUUAAUUUAUCGAAGUACAGUAAUGCGGUCGAAGGAACAUUAACCGUUCGUCUGUGUUCUCCUUUUGUGAGCUAUACUUGGAUUCAGUUGGACUCACUCUAAGAAGAUAUCACAGAACUUUCAUCUUUUUCGUUUGAUCGAAGAUUUGCAUGCAUGGAUCGAAGGUCUUAAUCACGCUCUUUCUUCGCGUCAGUAUAUCGGUACGUAUGUCGGCAAUUUGCAACAUGGAACAUAGAAGACAGAUUUUUUGCAAAGCCUUUAAACAUCUUCAAACUGACAUGUGCCAGGAAGAAUUACAUAUCCAACCACUUUAGUACAUGUUGAUGAAUGUGCACUCAUAUGCCGACAUAUACAGUGUCCUGUAGAUAAGAAAAUACAAAAAAUUCCCUCUUUGUUCCUCUUUUUAUUUUCCAUGAAUAAAAACUCGUAAAACCGUAGUUUCUCCAGCUCACUGUUGAUAUUUUUCUCGCAUAUAUUAUUUUGUGCUUGUUCACCGCUCUUUGUCUUAUUUAAUCAUCUUUUCAUAUCAAUGAAAACUCACCAUUGUGGUGCUAUUGGGAUGAGAAAAACACACAUGCCGUCCACACUUGUCGCAUGUUCUUCGUUGAAAGUUCGUCUCGAGAUUCUGGCACAGUCAAGUCGUCGCCGCGUCUUCUUUCGCUCUUGGGACGUCUCGCUAGACAAUAAUCAAAAGUCAGAGAAAUCGUCGCAGUCAAUUAAACUGUUUUUGUCGUAAUAAAGUAUACGAUUUUGCGCAAUUGUGUGUACGAAUGCAAAGCGAAAUGUGACGAGUAUUCCUGUUGCGAAUGUGCCUAGGCA